AUGAAGUAUCGCCACGUGCCAUAUGGCGCUGGAGUGUGGCCAGCUUUCUGGACGAUGUGCAGCGACUACACUUGGCCCAAGGGUGGUGAAUUGGACAUCCUCGAGUUCGCCAACGACCAGCCAAAUCUGAUGACCUUCCACACGCUCGGAGACUGUGCAGUCAGCUCCCCGAAGCUGCAGCAGUGCACUCCGCCAUACUACGCCUU